GCGAAGCGCAGGACGGUUGUUGGGCGCGAGGCCGGCGCAUGGCGGACCCGGCACUGUUCGAGUUUCUGCACACGGAGAUGGUGGCGGAGCUGUGGGCGCACCAUUCCGACCCUGGCCCUGGGGGACAGAAGAUGAGCCUGUGUGUCCUGGAGGGCAUGGGCUUCCGUGUGGGCCAGGCCCUGGGCGAGAGGCUGCCCCAGGAGACACUGGCCUUCAGAGAGGAGCUGGACAUCCUCAAGUUCCUGUGCAAAGACCUGUGGGUGGCCGUGUUCCAGAAGCAGAUGGACAGCCUCCGCACCAAUCACCAGGGGACCUACGUCCUGCAGGACAACAGCUUCCCUCUCCUCAUCCGGAUGGCCUCGGGCCUGCAGUAUCUGGAGGAAGCACCCAAGUUCCUGGCCUUCACCUGCGGCCUCCUGCGAGGCGCCCUCUGCAUCCUGGGCAUCAAGAGCCUGGUCACCGCCUCCGUGGCAUCCCUGCCCACCUGUAAGUUCCAGGUGGUGAUUCAGAAAACCUGAGGAGCCCCAGGCCCUCACCCCCCGCUGAGCCUCAUGGCCACCGCAGGCCCAGGGACCUUGGAGCACCGCUUUUGGGGGUGGCCGGAGGGCUCUUGUUGGGGACCCCGGGCUCUGUGGGUGAUGGACAAGAGGGGGGGUGCAGGGGUCCAACCGCUUUAGGGCAUCCCCAAGUGGGUGUCACAGGGAGGUUGGGGUGUCCUAGGAAUGAGGCGGCCCAAGUUGGGGCCAGUGUGAAAGGAUCCCUGCAUCAGACUCCUCCCUCUGCAUGGCGGACACCCAAUAAAGGUUCUGUAUGUGCAGCCAGA